CUACCAAAUUUACUUGAAAAAGAAAAUUCCAAGUGUUAUGAGGUUUGAACCAGGCUUACAAUUUUCCAGCAUUGCAUUUGACUCAAAACAUGGGUAUCUAUUCUUGGCAGAAAGUACAGAACCUUCCUUAUGGUUAUGGAGCAUGACUGCAAAUAAACAUGAUAUUUUUUCAGUUUCACUUCAAUCAAUAGCACAUGAUCUAACGCUUGACAUGGCUAAAGAGAAAAUUUAUUGGCGAGUUUUAAACGGAAAUAUUUUUUCUUGUGAUUACUACUCCCAUGAUGUAAUUGAUUUUGGAACUUCAGGAGGUCCCAUGGCAGUAUUUAAAGAUUUCAUUUAUAUCAUAACUAGUGUCGGACGAAGUGUCGUUAGUGUCCAUAACACAACAGAUCAACGUACGAGGCGUAAAUAUUUUCUUCCUGUAAACAACGGUUAUCUUGAUUUGGCUGUAGCUAUACACAGUAUCACUCCUGACUCAAACGCGACAAACACAUUUCGACUUCCUUUAUGUGGACCCAACACUUACUAUCGUAAAAUUAAUGGAUCAUUAAACUGCACGUGUAUGAAAGGAUACUCAGGAGAAUGUAACUCGUGCCAGGUUAUCAACUCUGUUAGACUUCGGGGACCAGAAAGAUCUAUUGGCAAAGGUCGUGUAGAAGUAUUUUACAAUGGAGAAUGGGGAACAAUUUGUGAUUAUGGCUGGGAUAUAAACGAUGCUAAAGUUGUUUGUAGACAACUUGGUUAUGACAAUGCUGUCAGGGCUUUACUACGAGGUAAUGUUCCUUAUGGCAGUGGAAGAAUAUGGUUGGAUGGUGUUUCUUGUGUAGGAAAUGAAAAUAUUAUUUCGAGUUGUUCACAUAGAGGAUGGGGAGCCCAUUAUUGUGAACAUUAUGAAGAUGCUGGUGUACAAUGUUCCGUUAUCAACUCAGUUAGACUUCGGGGACCAGAAAUUUCUAUUGGCAAAGGUCGUGUAGAAGUAUUUUACAAUGGAGAAUGGGGAAAAAUUUGUAAUGAUGAAUGGGAUAUAAACGAUGCUAAAGUUGUUUGUAGACAACUUGGUUAUGACUUUGCUUACAUGUCUUUACAAGGAAGUUAUGUUCCUUAUGGCAGUGGAAGAAUAUGGUUAGACUACGUUCAAUGUGUAGGAAAUGAAAGUAAUAUUUCGAGUUGUUUACAUAGAGGAUGGGGAACCCAUAAUUGUGAACAAUAUGAAUAUGCUGGUGUACAAUGUUCAGUUAUCAACUCUGUUAGACUUCGGGGACCAGAAAGUUCUAUUGGCAAAGGUCGUGUAGAAGUAUUUUACAAUGGAGAAUGGGGAACAAUUUGUGAUGAUAGCUGGGAUAUAAACGAUGCCAAAGUUGUGUGUCGACAACUUGGUUAUGACUAUUAUUUCAGGGCUUUACAAGGAGGUAAUGUUCCACAUGGCAGUGGAAGAAUAUGGUUAUCCUACGUUCGUUGUGUAGGAAAUGAAAAUAAAAUUUCGAAAUGUCCACAUAGUAAAUGGGGAUUGCAUUUUUGUACACAUAAUGAAGAUGCUGGUGUACAAUGUUCAGUUAUCAACUCUGUUAGACUUCGGGGACCAGAAAGUUCUAUUGGCAAAGGUCGUGUAGAAGUAUUUUACAAUGGAGAAUGGGGAACAAUUUGUGAUCAUGGCUGGGAUUUAAACGAAGCUAAAGUUGUUUGUCGACAACUUGGUUAUGACUAUGCUGGCAGGGCUUUACAAAGAGGUAAUGUUCCACAUGGCAGUGGAAGAAUAUGGUUAGACUACGUUCGUUGUGUAGGAAAUGAAAAUAAAAUUUCGAAAUGUUCACAUAGAGAAUGGGGAUUGCAUCAUUGUAGACAUAAUAAAGAUGCUGGUGUACAAUGUUCAGGCUCUAAGGAAAGAUCCUAGUGAUGGGGAAUCAUGUCAAAGAAAUACACUAAAAACCUAAUUCUAAUUGAAGAUCGUAAAAAGUGCAGUAGAAAAUUUGAAAGCUUAUGUAGAAAAUGCUGUGUGUUUGACAUUUUUAUCCAUUGUUGAAAUGUAUCUGUAAUACAAAACUACUCGUAAACAAAUUGUAAUCAACCAUAUUAUCAUAUAAAGUAAAUGUACAUAAUAUCAUAAUCUAUAAAAAAAAGUAAAAUGAUGAAGUUUAAUUUCUGCUAAGAAUAAAAUAUUAUUGAAAAAUCAAAUGAU